AUGGCAACAGACAUUUACAUUGGCAAACGACUUUCGUUCGAUGGUCAACUUUGCACAGUCCGGUUUCGUGGUUUUGUAGAAGGCACGAAAGGGGAGUGGCUAGGCGUCGAGUGGGACGAUCCCACACGUGGAAAGCACUCUGGUGAACACCAAGGCCACAGAUACUUCGAAUGUCUAAGUAAGCACGCAACAGCAGGGUCGUUCAUCAGGCCGACCCGUAAGCCGGACGCACCACGCUCUUUCGUUGAGGCAUUGAGGGCAAAAUAUGCAGACGAUGACUUCGAGGACCCAACUGUGCAGGUCGUGUUCGUUACGAAAGAGGGCGACAACGCACAGAUGAAAAAAUACCCAACAGCACGGUUGAACCAGCCAAUACGGUUCAACGGCAAGGUUGCAGAAGAGGUCGGCUUUGAUAAGAUCAGAAAACAGCUCGCGCAGCUAGAGGAGCUCAGAUAUGUCAUUCUGGACGGUCUGCGAAUGUGGAAACCUGAGGUGAGGCAGAGCGCGAGAUCAAAGGAUGAGCCAGAGUGGCCUCAAGCACACACGGACAUCAAAGAUGCGUGCCCAAAGACCUACGAGCUGGAUCUUAGUCGGAACCUGUUCGAAGAGUGGAGGGAAGUUGCCGCCAUAUGCGAACAACUGGACCGGUUAAGGAGCCUUCGAGUCGAUGGGACACGGUUCAGAGACACAUCACUAACUCAGGUUGAGCUCGAGCGCAGUCGCCGGAUAUUCGCCAAUAUCACGACAUUAAAGCUCGAAGACGACUUACUAGCAUGGGAAGAUCUCGCCAACAUCACACACCAGUUCUCCACCCUCACCACACUCUCGGCAUCGAGCAAUUUCUACUCCAGACUUACGAAACACUUCCUCAAUCCAACUAUCACCGACCUCACACUGGAAGAAAACCUCUUCCCCUCCUUAUCAGCCCUCGAACCACUGACCAAAAUGCCGAACCUCCAGCGCCUAAUCCUAAAAUCCAACAAAAUCUUCGAAAUCGGCACACAGGCACCCAUAUUUCCCAGCACAGUCCGAGAAGUCGAUCUCUCCUUCAACGAAAUAACAACAUGGCCUUUCAUUGAAGCACUUUCGCACGUCUUCCCCGGCCUGACAAGCCUCCGUGUCUCGCACAAUCCGCUCUACGAGGCCCUCCAGUCCCCCGACGGUCGCACCCUCACCGCAGAUGACGGGUACAUGCUUACGCUCGCGCGACUCGGAAACCUCAAGAUGCUGAACCACAGUCCGAUCAGCGACAAAGAGCGCCUGAACGCUGAGAGCUACUACCUUUCACUUAUCGUGAAGGAAAUGCAGUUUGCGCCCGAGAGUCUGCAAGGCCAGAUUCUAAAUGGCCAUCCAAGGUACAAGUGGCUGUGCGAAGAGUAUGGAGAACCGGAUCUCAAGCGCGGUGCGAAUAAGGUGAAUCCGAAUUCGCUUGCUGCACGGCUGCUGAAGAUCAGGUUCUACCUUGUGAGUGAUAGCAAGGAGGUGAAGCAGGUGGAGAUCCCAAUGAGCUGCACAGCGUACACGGUUCUCGGUAUUGUGGGUCCGCUGUUUGGUGCUGCGCCGAGCGAAUGCAGGCUGGUGUGGGAGACGGGCGAUUGGAUGCCGGCGAAGAGGACGAUGGCGGAGGUUGAAGACGGUGGCUGGGAUUCUGAUGGUAGCGAAGACGAAGUGGUGACAAGCAAGGUGAUGCGGGAAGUUGAGAUUAAGCCUGGGACGAGAUCGAUAGGUACCUGGAUUGAUGGCAUGGAGGCUACUGUGAGGGUUGAGCUGAAGGAUCGGCAGUGA